CGACAUCCCCAAAACGAAAGGGACGGCUAAGGUCGGAGCCGCCGUCGGUUUCAAGCAGAGGACAGCGAACGACAUUGUUAAGAUCCCUAUCGCUACUCGCAUGACGAGUGUCAUCUCAAAGUCUAUCUACCUACCUACCUCAACUAUCCCUAUUGCUAUCCAACCUCGUAGCACUCGCCGCUUACGCAUGCGAGCUCGUGAUCCCGGUCACGUCCGCAAGGUCAGGACUGGCCCCAUCGGCCAGGACAGAGAGCAUCUCGACAAUCGAAGCAAUCUUCCUGUUCCUACGAAUUCGACAAGCAUCGGAGGGCUGUGCGAGAGGAAGACGCGUGGCGAAAAGGACAAGGAGAAAAAUGUUGACUCAUAUGUUGACACCAAGGAAGCCGUAAACGGCCCCAUGGAGGUCAUUCCAACCGACGUGUCCAGGCAGCUUCGAAAGAAGGCGGAUGAGGAACUCAUCAACAAUGACUCGCUCGCUUCCGCAAGCCUCGGAGCUCAAGGCAUGGUCUCGGUCACAUCAAGUGCUGCUCACGGCAGCUGGAACAUCGCGCAGUACAUCGCAGAGCUUACGAAGGACAACGUCAUUCCUACCACCUUCAGCGCUCUGUUGUCGAUCGCGAGCCUUCCAUCUAUCAAUGCUCUGACCCGCGCAUAUAUGACGUCGUCCUCGUUUGGAGCCUUUACGAUAGCGAAAUAACCUCCGGUUUCAAGCAAGUGCAGACGUGCACUGGAUAUCACCACAGCGCCUCUCUGCAUGCAGAGAGGACAGCGAACAUACAGGACUUUGAGCGUAACUCCGCAUCGACCAAGACCUCUCC